GUGUUAUCAUCAAGUCCAUGUUUAUGAAGUUGGCUUUUUUUUGGAAAAUAACUCAACAUAAUUCAAAAUGAGAUCCAUUCUUCAGUUAAGAAGAAUGUAAACGGAUAAAACUUUAUUUCUAAUUCUUGCAUAAACACUGCAGUAUUAGCUCAUAAUGACGUAAUAUUUGCGGCAUUAGGGUGGGGGAGGGGGGGGGGAAUUCCUGUUUACCUGUACCGGCCAUCCCACUGGAUCCGCUUGCGGAUAUAAGCACACUGCUAACCACGACCGACUUUGCGCUCACAAAAACCCGUUUUGUACGUUGAUGAUCACAAACAUAUCUAUGGAAGAAAAAUAAAAGAUUGGGUUUCUGCGAACAGAUCUACUUUUUUCACCCGCCAUUUUUCUCUUCGCUUUCGGCCAGGGGAGAAAAAUUGGGUCUGUUUAAAGAGUAAUAUUAAUCGAAGCUGGCACUUCGAAGCUGAAAAAUUUGUGAAAAUGGCGAAAAUGUAGAAGUCUUUUAAAAACUGAGGAUUGUUGAAAAACGGAAACAUCCCUUAAUAACCUUAAACAGUUGUUUUGUUUUAAUGUAAUUAUGUAACUCAUUCGUUAAAUAUUAACUGUGGUCAUGCAAAUGGGAGACGUUGACAGUCAUUUACAAAUCUAAGGGCUUUUUCAGCUGGAACAGUCAUAUCAUAUUGUAUAACUAUGCAGAACCUAAGUAGGUCUUCUUCUACACUUGUCGGUCUGCGACAGCUGCCGACCCGACCACAAUGUUAUAGAAAGCCAAUUUACAUAUUUUUUUAUUAAUAAUUUACAAAAUGAUAUAUUGAGAAUCAGGUCUCGUGCUUCUCCCUAAAAUCUUUGAAUAGCAUGGAAUCGAAGGGUACUUGAAAAAGAAAACACUGUUUCAAAAGAUACCUUCUUAAAAAGGGCAGAAACUUCAAACGAUAUUUAGGAAAUAGCCCUUGAAAAUCCUUUUAUUUUUCUUCUUAAGGUACUUGGAAAGUCCUGGAAUUUUGUGAUAAAAAAACAAGUACGAACGUUGUGAAAACAAUUGGCUAACAAAAGAUCGCAGUGUCAUUUUCAACCUAGAAAGCUUCCCGCUGAGAUGCCCUUUGUUAUGUUCUGAAACUGACAAUUAAACAUAACCAAAGCAGACUGCAACGGACGCUAAAACGACUAAGUUUCACGAACGGAGACUAUUAGACUAUGUAGUUCGUCAAUCUAUCAAUUUCAUGUAUAGAUUUUGACACUUCUAUUUGAGGAAAAUGUUUAUAUGACAGAGAAUUUGGUAUGGACGUCCCGACGCUUUGCAUCAAGACAGUUUUGAUAUUGUUCGGCCUCCUCAACCACCAAGUCAGCUCUCUUGAUAUAGUAGCGAAUUGUGAUGACCUGAAAUCUUAUACUAAAGGUACUUUAUACGACAAGGCUGUUCACUACUGGCCUUUAGUAUCUUUGUCGAUGCUAGGCGAUGCCAUAACAUGCCAGGAUAUACUUCAAAUGUAUGGAAUUCCGUCCGCUGUGUCGUUAGUCAGCGGUUUCUAUGGUAUUACGACAAAUGGUCUCAGUGGAUUACAACUGCCGACAUCCAGUCCAGACGAAGGGUGCUUCAAAAGUUUCAGCAACUGUACUGAAGGUUUUUCUGUAGCAUUGUGGAUAAAUCUACAACCAUCUAGUAAACUACAUGCAAGUGCAUUUGAUAUUGUCAUAGCACCACACGACACUUUAACUUCAAAAUCAGGAUUUUGGCUCAUUGAUGAUCACACAAAAGGAUUGCAAGCAUCUGUUCGAACAAACACUUACACAGAAACGACUACCAUCCCAAUAAAGAGAGCUGUUUGGAAUCACGUGAUAAUCACGUGGACAGCUCAUGAUAACAUCACAUUUUACGUCAAUGGUGAGAUGAAUGAUAAAAACAGCACCUUUACGAAAGUUAUCAGGACAACUGACCUGUCAUUAGGUCUGUAUUUGUCGUAUUCUACUGUGGCAGGCAAAUCAUCGGCAAGCUACAGAGACYUCGCUAUUUGGAACCAACGUCUUAGCGAAAAAGACGUCCUUGAAAUCUACCAACAUACGCCUGGAUGCCAGGAAAUCGAUCCAAGCCUGUGGAAUUUGACGGCGUCUUCCUUUGCGGACCGCUACACUGCUUCCUUUGGGGCCUUUAAUUCCAAGACAGCAUGGUGCGAGGACCCUGCUUUGAGUGGUGGCUUCAUUGAGAUUCAACUACCUUUUGUACAUCACAUUGAUGGAAUUGUAAUAAGAAGCAAAGAUUUUGGUGCRCAAGAAUUCGUCAAAACAUUUAAAGUGAAAUUCUCUGUUGACGCUGUUAGCUGGCRAGACUAUAAAGUAUCUGGAGCAAUCAAGACUUUUUCAGGUUUAACCAGCUCUGGUACUCUCAAGAAAAUAGACAUUACCAACCCAAUCAUUAUAGCGCGAUAUUUUCGUAUAUAUCCCACGGCAGCACAGGGUAGAAAUUGUUURAGAUUGAGGCUUUGUGGUUUUGAACAAGAUUCACUCAAUAUAUCAGCUUCUAUUAAUGGCACAUGUAGUGUCAAGGUCAAUAACAAAGAGUAUUGCCCGGACAAAGAUGGUCAUAAUAUUGUGGCAUUCGAUUACAAAUCAGGGAAAUUUCUUGCUGCUAAGAAUUAUGACACGCAUCAAAAUAGCGGUGCUGGUGAUCUGCUUGAACAGUUUGUCACAAGUCUUGAGAAUGAUACUUUGCUGCUGGUAGCAGUGAAGACCUCGGGUCAUAGAAUAUCAGCGAAAGGUUUAAAAGCCCUGUAUAAAGUCGGUGCGAAGUCAUUGGAUGCCCCUCCUAUCAAUACAGCAUCAGUACUUGUAGGGCUAACAGGAUCUCUUGCGGAAUGGAUUCGAGAAACCUCUGCCGCAACACCUGGGGAAUUGGUCGCUACUAAUAUCAUAAUUCCAUUAAAAAAAGAAAUCCAACCUAGUCAUUACUGGCCCCUCCAAAAGGUCGAUUACUACAGAAAAAAGCAAAAAAAUAAACACUAUUACAAGCAUAUGCGAGAUGUUGAAGGUGGAAUGGAUAUCGAGUAUGUUCAUAGUAUGUACAUACGAAUGGGACUGUUAAUCAUGAGGCCGCAUCAUAUGUACACUAGAACUGGCUGGGUACCAAACAGUUGCUUCCUAAAACCCUCAAACUGCCUCGGAGGAUUAACAGUUUCAGCCUGGAUAAAAUUUGAACACCMAUCGUUUUUAUUUGGAGAAACACAAGAACCUUUUGACAAAAUACCAUUUCAUAGGACGUACAUCCAUUUUUAUUCGCACAAUUCAGGAUACAUUUCCAUUGAGGGCAAGAAACGAUACAUGGUUGAUAAAGGACAUCAUGUUAUUCUAAUGGACUACGCAACAGGAAAAAUCAGAGGUGAGGCGAUAUUCAAAAUUCCGACGGACAACACCGCAGAGCAUCGGUUCGCUCAUUUUAUAAACACUGCUCCUAAUGGCACGAUUGUUCUGGUGAAUGGCUGGUACAAAAGCUAUAUAACCUCUUCUGAUCUCAUCAAGGCUUUGAAAUCAGUAGGCGCUCGUGAACCACAGCACAAUCCGACAUCUAUAUCUAAUCAAAUAUAUAUGCUUGUGGGAUACAAAGGUUUGGACAAAAUGAAAUGGAUCGAAGAGGCAAAACACAAUUAUGURACUUCAGGAACCCUGCGAGUAAGAAUACCUACAUUUGGAGCGUGGAUCUCCGAGCUUGGGAUGCAAGAUGGAAGAAUUCGGGGUUGGCAGAUUUGGAGUCAUUCUACAGGCAGUGGCGUCCCAAAAUACGCCCGRCUUUAUGGAGUUGCCCCUGGAUGGAUUGAAAGUGACCCCACUAUGAAACUGAGCAUACACCUGGGUGUGCCUCACAUACUAGUGGGUAUAAUAACACAAGGAAGUAGCACUGAACAAGCAUGGGUAACAUCAUACAAGCUAGAUUACAAAUUUGGAAAGAAAGGUCGCUGGAAUAAAGUGCAGGAURAUGGCAUACCAACGGAAUUCGUGGGUAACACAGACCAACAUACUCCAGUACGACACACCUUGCGACAACCAAUAAAUUUGCAAAAGAUACGAAUUAUACCAAUUACUGUCAAAAGUAAAAUAGGAUUGAGACUUGAGUUGUUGAAGCUAAAUAACGCUUAUAGAUGGAUGGACAAGCAACCAAGGCCUUACAAACAAGAGAUUCCAGAUAGCCAUAGAGGUUUGGUAUUUCAAGGUAAAACAAYGCCUUCCAACCAAAAUGUCACAGCUUCGAGUGUGCGUAGUGCGAAAAACAGACCAGAAAAUGCUGCACUUUACAACUCAAAGAYGAGUCUUUCGGACGGCUGCUGGUGUCCACACAAAGACCAAAACCAGUUCCUCUCGGUUCACCUGUCCGAGAGAAGUUUGAUAACGAGUAUCGGUGUCCAGGGAUGUCCAUCMAGUGAUGAAUGGAUCCAAACGUUUACCGUUCRAUAUAAAGACAUAGCUGAUAAUGCGUCAAAAGUUUAUAUGGAUAAUGGAAUGUCUCAGCCAAAGAUUUUUGACGGAAGCUUAGACCGUCACACCGUCGCCAGGUCGUAUUUCGAAAGAGUUGUUUAUGCAACAACCUUUGAAAUUCACCCAACGUCAUGGCACGAGCAUGCGUGUUUGAGAUUUGAACUGUUUGGUUACCGUCUGGAGUCAGAAUGUUUUGRUCCACUCCUCGAAUUCAAAAAGAAUAUAAAGGCGGAUAGUUCCAUCGGCCAGUUUAAAGCCUUGAUGUCUAUUCUUGACACUCCAUCGAGUGCGUGGUGUACUGCACUUGARAAAAAAGGUUACUUACACGUGGACUUUGGCGAAAAUGUAUUGUUCAGCGGUAUUGCAACACAAGGAUAUGAAGGUGGCAAUUGGACMAAGGCAUUUUAUAUUUCAUACUCARGAGAUCAUUUGACAUGGUAUAACCAUACAAGRGAUGGGCAAGUUUUGGUCUAUGAGGGGAAUAGUGAUGGUACAUCUGUUAAAAUGAAUCUGAUUGAGCCUUACAUUGAGGCACGUUACAUCCGUGUUUACCCUUUAGAAGGAAGUGAUUCUAGUACGGCAUGUCUGAGACUUCAGCUCUUUGGAUGUUUUAAAGAUAACCCAAGCUUUCAGUUGGAAGGCCCACCUGAAAUUCACGCUGCWAAUUCUUCAAAUAUCCUUAUUUAUGCAUAUUACAGGUAUUGUCGUCAGAGUCUACCGUGUCCAAGAUGUAAAAGACAGCUUUAUCUCGAUGUAUUUGGGACUGUUCUGUGUCUAAUCGAGGAAGUGAAUUACAACUGCGACUACAACAACGUCGAGAGGRUGCUUAAAGUACCUAAACUACCGGGAGUGUACCCUAUUAGGAUGUUUGAUUCAACUGGUGAAAAGUGCAACACUAGUAUGAAGAGGACAGUUCCUGGCAAAGUCCUUGGAAGGGUUCUGGCUAAAGUUUACAACUUCACGAACUGUCUGGAUGUCCUGAUGGAAGGAAAUAGAAAGAAUGGCGUCUACCGUAUCAGACCAGGCAAAACAGGCUCAGCCAUGACUGUCUUCUGUGAUCAGAUGAAUCACGGGGGAGGCUGGACUGUACUUCAAAGACGAAUUAAUGGAACUUUAGACUUUUACAAGACGUGGACUGAAUAUAAGAUCGGAUUUGGUUCUUUAGAGGGAGAAUUUUGGCUUGGGAAUGACAACAUUCAUCGUCUUACUUCAAGCCCAGUUGAACUUCUAAUCGAGAUGGAGACAUUUAGCGGGUUUUAUUACUACGCAAAGUAUGCUUCUUUUCAAAUAGGAGACGGUUCGUCAAAGUACAAAAUGACUGUUAGCGGUUAUUCUGGAACAGCAGGAGAUUCACUGACAACACUGCACAAUGGAGCAAAGUUCUCCACCAAAGAUAACAAAAAUUACCCGUCCGGUGGCACGGAUUGUGUGGAUCRUUUUCAAAGUGCCUGGUGGUUUAAUAAUCCGUGCAAAGAUUCGAACCUAAAUGGGGUUUAUAUUCCCACCGAGGCCGGGAUUAACAUUAGAGGGCUUAAGUGGGAGACGUUACUGGGAUUGAGCAAGAACUUAAAGAACGUGGAGAUGAAAAUAAGACCAAAACAAGGCACCACUAUCAAAUGUUACAACUGGGGAUGCUUCUACGUAAUUAAUGACAAAAUAAAAACUGCCUUUGAUGCCAGAAAGGCAUGCUGGUCAAUGGGAGGCGAACUGGGGACUAUAAGAAAUGCACAAGAAGCAAGUGACGUUGCUGGCAUGGUUACCACUGGAGUAACAAUUGGUCUAAACGAUCUCUCAGUCGAGGGUAAGUUCCAGGGAUUUGAUGGAGGUAUCACUACGUAUUCAAACUGGGGCUUUAAAACGGACCAAGGUAGAGACUGUGUACGACUUGCCUCUGACUCAACACUUCGAGCGUCUACUUGCACAUACGCCCAUCCGGGAUAUUUGUGCCAAAGAGAUUUGAUGUGCUACAAAUCGUCCUGUUAUCGUUUUAUCAACGGCUCAACUUUAGCAACAAGAGACGAUGCGAGAACAACGUGUCAAAACAGUGGACGAAACCUCAUUAAAAUACCCGGUGAUUCUAAAUCAAAAUUCAUUCAAAAAUAUGUAAUGCCAACGCCAAGAACUCCUUUGUGGAUUGGACUCAGUGAUAAAGCCAAAGAAGGGACAUUUUUGUGGUCUGAUGGCUCCAAGUUGACCACUCCGAACUGGAAGGAAGGUCAGCCUGGUGCAGGAGACUGCGUGGUCAUCAACUCUGAUGGACAAUGGGAAACAAAAGCAUGUUCGUUGACUGCCGGUCUAGUUUGCCAAAAGCAAAUUGCACAAAGCUGCCAAGAACUUUUGGAGCUCGGAGAAGCCAACAGUGGUGUGUAUCAUCUUUACCUUCCUCAGGCCUUCAAUGUACAUGAUCUAGUCAAGGUUCACUGUGACCAAGAGAAAGAUGGAGGAGGAUGGGAAGUUCUCCUUAGACGUCAAGAUGGCUCAAUCAAUUUUCACCAGAAACUCUGGAAUGAUUAUGAGAAUGGCUUUGGACACCUUGGAGGUGAACUUUGGAUUGGUUUACAGAACUUUUAUAGAAUACGAGAAAGACGAGAAAUCAUGCUGAGAUUGAAUAAUUCAGAUGGAACAGGCAAAUAUGUCAAGUUUCAACAAGUUCACUUGUAUGACGGUGUAAAAUAUAAACUGUACUUGCAGCGAUAUGAAGCAGGAUCUCUAAAUGGUGAAAUGGGAAGGUUUCAUACCUACCCGUUUUCUACUGUUGACCAAGAUAAUGAUGSGGUAGAAAACAAGAGUUGUUCUGAACAAUAUGGUCCUGGAUGGCACUGGACAUACACGAAUCACAAAACACCACGURAUUGCUUCAAUAGUAAUGUAAAUCUAUUCGGUCCUUACAGUCCAAAUCAAAUAGGAGAUACCCAUAAUUUAUUUUACACUGGAUUUGGCCGCCCCAUCACAUACAUGGAAAUGAAAACAAGGCUCCGCGAAGGAUACCAAGAAGGUGUGUUUAGCACGUAUUCACCUGAAUUGAAUAUAUUGUACCAGGGAGUAUCUUUGAUUCACGCUUCUAAUGAACUGCGAGUUCACGCUGUAACCAGUUCAAAGGCAUGGACAUUGUCCCUAACUCCGAGUCACAUCUGGACUUAUUACACAUUUACCUGGAGCGAGRAURAAGGCAUUAAAAGUUACGAAAACGGUUUGCUCUCSAAGCAUUCCAAGUCGUUCAUUAACGUCACCGCUYCACACCGGUCAAACGUGCUGUUUCAUCACUGCGAUGUUCACCGUCGUAGCUUGUUGUAUAUUUUUAUAUCUAAAUUGAAGUUUUGGAAUACAGAAUUGACACAAUCUGCUAUCAUGAGAGAUUAUCGUAACGCUGCUUUUACAUUGGAAGGGGACGUGACGCACUGGGACCAAGAUUCUGGUACUUUUAACUGGGCUUUAAAUUCAAACAKCACCAAGAGUGACAACACAGGRCCUUCUCAUGACCAUACAUAUUAUGGGCUGCCACAAGCUUCGUAUUAUUACAUGGAGUCUUCGUAUCCAAGAGUAAAAGGCCAAACGACUACACUGAUAAGUCAACCCUUCUUUCCGAUUCAUAAAUGCUUAACGUUCUGGUACAAUAUGUACGGUGCYGGUAUGGGCGAAUUAAUGGUCCAUCUGAUUCAGUACGAUUAUGAACCGUACAGUUUCAACCCCACUAUAAAUUCCCAAGAACAGAUCMUAUGGCAACAACAUGGAAAUAAAGGCAAAAGCUGGAAGUACGCUGUGGUACAAAUAAAUGCRUCGAAUACAUUCAGGAUUUCUAUUACUGGAGUUGUUGGUGAGAAAUACACGAGUGAUAUAGCAAUAGAUGAUCUGUCUGUCACAAUAUCAGAAUGCCCUGUGGUUGCAUCAAAUUGCAUUCCAAGAUGUCAAGCAGGAUAUGUUUGCUUGGAGAACAAAAGUGUUUGUGACUGUAAAGGCAUGAAGCAUGUAGAUGAAGCAUGUAAAUACGUUGUUAACCAGUCUGUCCUCAAAGAAACAGCCCAUCAUUGGCCACUUGAUGACRCCGGUAUAGUUACUAACCUACAAAGCAAUUACCAUGGCUUUACAAAUGGGACUGUUAAGGCGGUUCGUGGAGCCGUCAACAAUGCUCUGGUAACGGACGGACUCACAGGACGAAUYACAMUAGCAGACAUGCGURGUUCAUGCCUGUUUGACUUCCCAUCAUGCAGCACUGGAUUCACGCUCAGGUUUUGGUUGAAAUUCUUCAAAAACGAGAAAAAACAGAAGCGAGUGUUUCUUUCAGUCGGUUUUGAUAAGGACAAGGCGCGAGGUUUUCAGUUUCUUCAGGACUUCAGCAUAAUCCAAAACYCAAACCAUUUGAUAACCAAAGCAACUAUUGAACAAUCAASMUGCGUUAUAGCUAUUGAAGCAUUUCCCUUAAUCUGGUCRACAAUCACUUUAACAUGGACAAGARACAAGGGAUUUACUUUAUACCACAAUGGAAAGAAUGCAWCGAGCUUGUUAAAUAAAUGYGAAUCGGUGAUUUCUGUUUCUCCGAGUAACACUUUGCUAAGGACUGGGUUUGAUAAUGUCCUGCCACAGGUGAGCCUUGACGAUGUAGUGCUCUGGUAUAAGGGGCUCGAGGACCAUGAAGUUAGAAAAAUCUUUCGGUUUUUUACCGCUCCUCAAAACACCAUUACUUUAGCGGUUAAAUUUCCUGACGAGAACUUUACAGAGUUUUAUAACAACAAAGAAAGCGUGCAGUUUGAAGCGUUCCGUGUCAAGAUUUUACAAAAUGCACAGGCAAUUUAUGACGAAAAAUCAAGUCAUCUUGAAGACACAAAAGUCAAUGAACUCAGCAAAGGUUGUGUUAUCGCGCGAAUGUCUCUACUAUUCGAUGUAGUGACAAGAACAGAACUGGAACUACUGAGGGAUGCACUUUGUAAUAAACGAAAAUUUGGUGGUAUGAGAGCGCAUCUUGUUGAUGAUAACGUUAACGUUACUGGAGAAACUGGGAAUUGGGAAACUCAAGAGGUCAAACUCUGUGGAUUGCACAAGCAUUCAUGGAAAUACCAAACAGCACGGAACACUUCAAUGUCAUGUCAGAUCAAUAAGACAAUACGUAAUACAAUUUGUAAUUAUUUGUGAUACAUACUCAGUAACUUUAGGAUGAUUUUAACUCAGUAUAACUUUAGGAUGAUUUUGUCAGGUGAUUGAUCUGGAAAAUACUUAUGGUAUAAGAGAGCUUUUUAUGCUAGUGCUAAUGAGUUUCCAAACGCAAUAACUUUUAUAUAAGAAGAACACGGUAGGGAUGACUACAGUAGUAGCUGAAUAUACUAUAUGCACGAGCAAACGCUCUUAAAGCGUCGAGAUUCAGAAUUGUCGAAAAAAAAAGAGGAAUAAAUUUUUCAAUCAACCUCAAGUUGCAUGUCUACUUAUACUAUUACAAGAAAAAAAAAGUUCAAUGAUAAUGUAUAACACUUUGAAUAAAAAUGUCGAAAAAGGGGA